UGCCUCAAAUAAUAUUAUUUAGUUUAUUUACUACUUUUAUUCUUUGCUUUAUUCCCCUAACCGACUCUUUUCUGCCAGCCAAAUGCAAAUAUGGCCCUCCAAACCCUUCCCAUAAAAUGCUGAUAUUACUAGGGAAAUAUUUGAUCGAUUCUCUCAAUUUUCUCUCAAACUCUUCUCUUAAUUUUUACACAAACAGAAAAAUUUCCACGUAACUUUCUCUCAAAUAAAUUUGAAUUUAUUCAUUUUUAGAGAUUUCUGGCCAUGAAAUGCAGAAAUUAUUGGCGCUGCUUUUAGGUGCUGCCGUUCAGUCACCUCAACGAGAACGUUUUAUCGAACGAAUAAAGCAUAUGCGACCGGAGGUUCAAAGUGAACUUGUCGAAGAAAUCCAACGGGUUACCUCUAACAGUACCAAUACUAAUUCACCGGUCGUCAAUUUGGAUUCAUUGUUGGCUGAAUUAGAGCAACAACCAUCAUCAGCUUCUACUGACGAAGAGGCAGCUGAUAAGACAACGGAAGAAGGAAUAGAAAGUAACAAUCAACGAGUUGUUACUUUAUUAGAGAGAGUAAUUCGAGAAAGGGACGAAUUUACAAACGAGCUUUUUGAAAUGGCAGCAGAUAUGGAGCAAGAGGGAAGUAGUGGAUCCUCAUCUAGUGGAAUGGCUACAGCCUCUUCUUCAUGUAAUGGAGAUAUCUCAGUACUAAAUAACAACAAAUGUGUCUCUAAUAAUGGAGCAAGAAGUCCUUCCCCUAACGCUCUAGAUAGACAUUUAAGUGUUGAAUUAGCAGCAGCUAAAGGAGAAUUAAGGAAAUUGAGAAAUGAAAAUGAUGAAAAAGAUGAAAUUCUUCAAGAAAUGCAAGACGAAUUACAACAACAACGUAUAGAAAUUGGUAGAUUGCAAGCUGAACGACUAGAAUUGGUUAAAGAUGCUCGCGCUGCAAAAGAUUACAGAGAUGAAAUGGAUUGUAUGCAACACAAAUUAAAUCGGCUUGAAAGAUUGGAGGCAGAAAAUGAAAAAUUGAGAAGUAGACUUAAUGAGAUGGAUUAUUACAAAAAUCGAGCUAAUCAUCUAAAAGAAGACAAUAAAAUAAUGCAUGAGACAAAUCAAGUAAUGGAAGAACAAUUAGAGCAGUAUCAGAAAAAGAUUUCUGCCCAUUUGGAGGUAGAAACAAAAUUAAUAGAGGCGCAAGGAAAUGUUAAAUCUCUUCAGCUUGAUAUGACAAAGACUCGCGAACGUAUAGAAGAAUUACUUCUAGAAAAUGGCCGUCUCGAACGUGAAUUGCGUGUUAAUCGUCAAAAAUGUUCUGAAUUAGAAAGACAAAUUUGUUCUCUGACAGAAUUUGAUUCCCCUCGUAUUGGAUUGGAUAAUUGUAAUGGUUCUAAUACUUCUUUAUUCAACGAAUCUUCAUUAUUGGCCCAACUAGAAGCACACAAUCAAUCGCAAAUUUUGGAACUACAACUUGAUAAUAAAAAACUUAAAGCUCAACUGGAAAACAAAGAAAGGAACAGUAAAAGUGCUAAUCCAGCAGAAUUAUUCGAAAUUAGAAAAGAACUUGCAGAAAAGGAAAAAAUUCUAACAGAAAAAGACGAAAAUAUUAAAAAUUUGUUUAUCAAACUGGAAACGGCAAACAAAAAAGUUGAAGAGAAUACUGAGCGUUUUCAGAAAGAACAACAAAAUGUUGAAAAAUUAAAACAUCAAUUAGUUGAAUUUAAAAGGACAAAUGUUCCAUUAAAAACUCAUCAAACAUUGAUGGAACGAUUGGAAGGAGUUGAACAAAAAAACCAAGAAUUGGAAAGGCAUUUAACAGUGGAGAAAGAACAGUAUGAACUAAUUAAAGAUGAAAAAGAUGAAGUUGAGAAUCAACUUCAAAAAAUGUGUAUACAACAACGUGAUAUUCGUGCCGAGUUAGACUCAAUUAAAGAAAAACACCAAACAGAAAUUAACCUAUGGGAAAAACAGAAAAAGUCCUUUGAAGCUGAAAAAUCGGCCCUUAAAAUUCGUUUAGAAUUGCUUGAAAGUAAAGAACAAGCAUUAAUAGUUGCUGAACAAAAUGCAGAAAAUUUAACAAGAAAAUUAGUUGAUUUACAAAAAGAUUUGGCUCAAUCAGAGGCAAAAAGAGAAUUUUCUGUAGAAGAAUUGGAAAAAGAAAAACAAAAAUUAAAUGCAGAAAUUAGAAAAGGGCAACGUUUUAGAGAGGAAUUAGCAACUGAAAGGGGACGACUGAGAGAUUUAUUGGAAAGAUUAAGAUCUGGCAAGUUGUAUUUUGGAGUUCAAAUAAUUUUUAUAAAUCUGAGACAGAGAUGAGGAAAGGGAAGGAUUAUUCCAAAUUGCCCAAUAUGUACCUCCUUUCUAAAUUAUAGAAAAAGUUUUCCAAAAGUUUAGCCACCGGGGCAUCGAUUCUCUUUUAUCAUUUUAGAUCGUUUAUCCACCGCCUAAACGCUUUAAAUUCUCUAGGUUAAUCAUCCUACAUUAAUUAAAAUCAAUUUUAAAAUUUUAUGUAACAGAAAUAGUAGAGGGAAAUAAGCAAGGGGAAUUAGCGGAUAGAUACAAUAAAAAGGACAUCUGUUAGAUCUGAAGGAAACUAAAAUACA